AUGAGUCCACCAAAUAUAGAUGAAAGUCGCAGAGGAAAGAAGAGGAAGCAUAAAAAGAAAGAAAGAAUCCUGAAGAAGCUGCGAAAACUGAAAGAGGAAGUCAGACGUGCCAAGAGACGCAGGAAGCGUUUAAGUUCGACAUCGUCCAGUUCAUCAUCCAGCUCAUCGACGGGUUCUCCGAUCCGCUCAAAGUCUAGGUCUCCUCGAAAAAAGAAUGGUGCACGUUAUCCGCGAAAAAUGUCACACCUCGGAGAAAAAAAAACCAGCGUCGCCGCGCGUCGCCCGAGAAGCACGUCACGCCAUCGUUCAAGCUCCGAAUCUAGAAACCCUCGCAAACAAGUUGGUGCGCGUGUUCUGCGAGAAACGUCAUACCUUAGAGGAGAGUCCAACAAAAAUAGUUCAAGAUCCUCAAGCGGCAGUUCUCAUUCAUCCGACUCAAGAAGUCGAUCGCGAUCUAAAAAUCGCAGCUCGAGAAGCAAAUCAAUCUUCGACAGGUAG